GCGCUGAUUGUGUUGUUGUUGAAUUAAAAUCGAUGAAGCUGUGAGGGCGCAAUUGUGACUGCAAUAUCAAGAAUCGUUUGCAGAAAUUCGCACUUUCUACGUUGGAAACUUACUGGUGUGCUCCAUUAUUUUUACCAGCUGGCGGAGCCAUGUCAGAGAGCUCAAGUGACACAGAGUCCUCCUGUGGGUGGACUAUCAUAAGUAAUGAAGGUUCAGAUAUUGAGGCCCUGGGGCCAGAGAACGGCCUGGAAUGUGGAUCUGAUCUCCCAGAGAGCGCAGUGCUGGAGCCAGAGCUGCUGCAGAACCAACCCACCUCUCUCUCUGCUGAGUUCACUGAGGAGAGGGGCGAGUCAUCUCUUGAUGCCACUCUAAAAGAAGAAACCAUAGAUGAAACAUUGUCUGCUUCUGAGGCUGGAGGUGAGGUGGCCGGGGACGAGCAAGUGACUCUGUGCUCCUCCAGUGACCACUCUGACAUUGUGACUCUGGUGGACACGAGGGAGACUGAGCUCGGGCCUUGGGAUGAGCAGACGGUGGAGGAGGAAGAGGGAGCAGUCAGUGAGGAGCUCUACCUGGGCACCUCUUCCAGCAGCCAGUACACCUUCAGCGCAGCAGAGACUGUUUUCCCUGCGGAGCAGCCUGUGGUUGCAGACUCCAGCAGCAGUGAGGAUGAGGGAGGAGAGCAGGUCACCCCAGUAGUGCGGAGGCGCAGGGUGAGGAAGAGCACCACUAGCUCUGUGCCUGAGCCUGGAGAGGAGGUGCAGGAGUCUGGCCACAGUGACCGAGAGGAGACUCGAGAGGACCAGAAGGAGGUACAGGAGGAGGAGGUGCAGCAGGAACCUUGCGUUGCAGCCCGACCUCAAGGCCAUGUCAGCAGCACCCUUAACAAAUGUAUCCUACUAGCCCUCAUCAUCGCCAUCAGCAUGGGCUUUGGUCACUUCUAUGGCACAGUACAGGUUCAGGAGAGGCAGAAGAUUGUGGAGAAGCUCUGUGGAGUGAACGACCUUGGUAAUUCGAGAGAUCUGCAGCCUCAGUGUCAUAAAGGACCAAAUGUCAUCAGCAAGCAAUGCUCAGUGAGAACUCAUUUCACUAUUAUUCGUCAAGAAAAUCUAACUUCUGUGGACGUGGUUAAGAGUCUGAGAGAAGACCUAAAGGACAAGAGUGACAUGAUGCUGUCCCUCACAGGGAUUAUGGACAAGCUUACUAAAGAGAACCAGGAUCUCCGAUCCAAACAGGCCCAGCUACAGGCCCAGAAAGAAGACUUGGUCGUGAAACUGAAGCAGACUGGCGAAAAGAGGGUUAAGAUUGAGUCUAAGCAGAGUCACCUGAUGGUGGAGAACCAGCUGCUGAAGAGCUCCCUGGAGCGUGAGGAGGAGUCCCUGUCCACCCUUCAGGAGGAGCUGAGGAACCUGCGCUCCCAGAUCCGAGAACUGGAGGAGACUGGGGCCGGGGCAGACUCCAUACUGUCUGAGAACCAGAGGCUGAAGGACCACCUGGAGGAGGAGACGCAGCGCCUCCGCAGCUUCCUGAGCCAGAGGGAGGCCCUGAUGGCUGAGGCCCAGACGCUGAGGAGGGAGCUGGAUAAUGAGCGGAGGGUGACUGACCAGCUUAGGGAGCAGCUGAGCAGCCGCAACACCAGGGCUGGAGGAGAGGCCGACCCGGAGACAGAGGAGCUGCAGUCACGGCUCAUGGAGUUGCAGAAGAAGCUGAGCUUUGAGCAGCAGCGCUCUGACCUUUGGGAGAGGCUCUAUGUGGAAACCAAAGAGGAGCGGGCCAAGGGAGACGAGCAGGCCAAAGUCAAGAGGUCCAAGGAUGGCGUGAUAGGGAAGGUGAAAGACACUUUUGAUGCGGUGAAGAACUCCACCAAGGAGUUUGUGCACCAUCACAAAGAGCAGAUAACGAAAGCCAAAGAGGCUGUGAAGGAGAAUCUGAGGAAGUUCUCUGAUUCUGUGAAAUCCACCUUCCGCCACUUCAAGGACUCUGCUUCGCGUAUGAUGGACAAGACUUACCGGCCUCACGAUCGGAGGUUUCACGAGAGGAAGGAAGCCAAGACAGAGCAGCAGGAGUAUCAUAGAGACCAUGGAAACAAGCACUCAGAGGAGGAACCAUGGCAGCCCAUAACCCACAAGCCCCUGCAUCGUCACCCUCGUAAAUCCACUGAUGACUCUUUCCAGGCACACCGUAACACCCGGAAGUCAGGGGGUAAAGUUGAGGAGGACCCAGAGGCUGAGCCACAACAAAGAGGAGUGCCCAAAGGUUGCUCUGGGGUUUUCGACUGUGCCUACCAAGAAUCCAUGAGCCUCUUCAACAAAGCCAUGGACCCCAUAAGAGCAGAUGAGUUCAACCAGCUGCUUCACAGCUACCUCCAGCAGGAGGUUGACCACUUCCACCACUGGACUGAGCUGGAGAGCUUUAUUAACAAUUUCUUUCACAACGGCGUCUUCAUCCACGAUCAGAUGCUGUUCACAGACUUUGUUAGUGGUGUGGAAGGCUACCUGGAGGACAUGGAUGAGUACCAUGGCCACAACGAUGACGUCUUUGAAGAUCUUGAUGAGUAUGUCUACAGGCACUUCUUUGGAGAUACCUACUCAAAACGUUAUGGGUCAAGUAGACCCUUUGAAGUGCCAAAUACGGAUACUAAAGAAGAAAGACUAGCCAAGCAGCAGCAGCGCAAUCAGAGGGCCCGGCCCCGGUCACAAAGAGAGAGGAAGUGGAGCAGAGCAGGACGGAACACAGACAGACACAUGGCUGAUGUAAAAAUAGAGUUGGGUCCUAUGCCCUUUGAUCCCAAAUAUUGAGAAUAAUCUUACCUAAUGAAUCCGUUUUAAUAAUGGCUGAUAUUGUAGUUGCAAAGGCUAUUUAGGAUGUGUUUGAUGGAAAGCCUUUUCACUUCUUAUUCUUCUGUUUUUGUGAUUUUGCACAAUGUUCUUUUAACGCUGCCGAAUGUCCCCUUGCUUCCUGUGUUGUGUAAGCAAUCCUUAGGUUAGUGUCAAUGGUGGUGUAUCUGACUGCAUCUAAUCUCAUGCGCACAAAGAAAAUUAUUGCUGCAAUGAUUUAGCCAUGAAUUGUCUUUAAAUAUGACUAACUACAGCAAUUAAACAUGAGAAUACAGUAAGUAAAUCUGACAGUAGCUAACUCUAGUACACAUUCAUUGUCAUCAGGUCAGCUGUUUCAUGUUCUUUUUAAGAGCCAUCACUGACUAAUUUGCACAACAUUUCUUAUUUUUGGGCCUUGUUUAAAAAAAAUAAAAAAAAUAAUCUGUUACCA